UCACAUAGCGUCUAGAUCAAAUAAUUUUUUCUUAAAAUAACACCAUAUGCCGGGGAGAUGGUCUGAUAUUUGUAUAUUUAGGAAGGAAGAGAAGGAGAGGAGAGUGAGGAGAGAGAUGGGGUGGAAGUCGUGUUUGGUGGAAUUGGUGCCAUUUGCAGCGAUGGUGAUGGUGGAAUGCUUUGAUGUUGGCCUAACUACACUCAGCAAAGGAGCCAUGUCCAGAGGAAUGAGCCACUUUGUCUUUGUUGUCUACUCUAAUGGUCUUGCCACCCUCAUCCUCCUCCCUGCUUCCACCUUCUUAGACAGAAAAAAGAGGCCUCCUCUCACUCUGUCUCUCCUCUGUAAAUUCUUCUUCCUCAGCCUUAUUGGGAUCACUGUGAUGCAAAAUUGUGUAUUCACUGGGAUAAAUUACAGCUCUCCUACCCUUGGAUCUGCUAUGAGCAACUUGAUUCCUGCUUUCACUUUCUUGCUUGCUGUUAUCUUCAGGAUGGAGAGGUUAGAUUUGGGAAGCACAAGAAGUCGGGUAAAAAUCAUGGGGACGUUGGUUUCAAUUUCAGGAGCAUUGAUAGUAACCCUCUACAAGGGUACUCCAAUAGGGUCCUUGCCUGUUCAAUCCCCAUCACUUUCCUCUCAAGAUUCUCCCUUCAAAAUGUUGGCAACUGAAAGCAAUUGGGUUCUUGGAGGCCUUUUUCUUGCAACAGCUAGUCUAUCUGUCUCAAUAUGGAAUACUUCUCAGGCAGCAAUUCUUAAGGGGUACCCAUCAGAGCUAACCAUAGUGGCAUUCUAUUGCUUGUUUGGGACCAUUCAAUGCGCAGUUCUUACAUUAUUUGCAGAAAGAAACAACCCAAAUGCUUGGAAGCUAAGUCCUGAUAUUGAGCUCAUCUCUGUCAUCUACUCAGCUGUUUUUGGAAGUGUUGUGACAUUUUCAGUAGUAACAUGGUGCAUACAUAAGAAAGGUCCAGUGUUUGUGGCGAUGUUCAAGCCAAUAAGCAUUCCAAUAAGCAUUGCUAUUGCUGCUAUACUUGGUGUUAUUUUCCUUGGUGACACACUCUAUGUUGGAAGUAUUAUUGGAGCAAUUGUAAUUGUGAUGGGUUUCUAUGGAGUGAUAUGGGCACAAUCCAAAGAAGAGGAAAAGGCAAUUAAUGGAGUUGAUGAUGAUGGGCUGCCUUCAGUUUCAUCCUCAGACAAACACAAAGACAAGACACCUCUCUUGCAGGCUCACUGGGUCGCAUAAAUGCUUUUAAUAUGAUGUUCCCUUUUAUUUAUUUAUUUUCUUUUGAAACAAACAAUGUACCAUGGAGGCAAAAUUGUUGUAAGAAGGUAAUGUAAGUAUUGAUGUAAAAGCAAGAAAGAAAAAGGACAAGAAAAUGUUCCCUUCUCAUUUUAUGGUUUUUAUUUAGAAAAAAUUCCAUUUAAAUAAGAACAAAUUAAAAAUAA